AUGUUGCGAAUCGUAAUCAUCGGGAUGUUUUCAAACAUGACCGUCACCGUCAAGGUUGAGCUUCCGCCUCAUGUGGUGGCAUCCAUUCACCAUGGCAAUGUCGAUCGGUUGUUAGUGUCCGAUCUUGUCAUCAAAGCUGUCAACGACGAUUUCUACACCGUGAUCCCGAAGACCCAGACCGGAGGCUUCAAUGCCACGCUCACAAUGUCUCACCCAGAAUCUGAAGCAGGAGAGACCGUGACUCUGUCUGGCGCGGAAGAUGACGGCGAUUUCACCUUUGUCGACACCAACAGUUCCCGCUCUGCCACUCCCACUCAACAAGCAGCGGUCUUCACCCAACAACAUGGCCUCGACCUGCCAGUGGUCUUUUACGGUACCAGCGAUACGUUUUCGACCUCAUCGGCCUCGGAGCCAAGUACGUUACGUUCGGGGUCGAAUGUGUUCACAUCUGACGAAGAGGUUAUCAUCCUGAAAAGAUGGUUCUUUCGGAAUGCUGAUGGGUAUGACAGGACAUUCAAGUCGAGGGACCCGCAAGUCAGCCAGACUCCAAUGCCUCGAAUGACCCUGAGAUGA